UAGGUGGGGCCUCGCGGCGCUCCGCGCGCCCAUUGACCGAGGCGGCGGGGGCCGGGCCGCGAUUGGCUGCACUGCCCCGUCCUCGCGCCGCGGGUCGCGGGCAGAGUGCGGCGGGCAGCGGCGGAGACGGCGACGGCGCGCAGCGGAGACCCCCGAGAUGACUCAGUGGUUUCAGCUACAGCAACUUGAUUCCAAGUUUUUGGAACAAGUUCACCAGCUAUACGAUGACAGCUUUCCUAUGGAAAUCAGGCAGUACCUUGCACAGUGGCUGGAAAACCAGGAUUGGGAACAUGCAGCCAACAACGUAUCUUUUGCUACGGUGUUAUUCCAUGACCUGCUGUCACAGCUUGAUGAUCAAUUUAGUAGGUUCUUGAUAGAAAACAACUUUUUGCUGCAGCACAACAUACGGAAAAGCAAACGUAACCUUCAGGAUAACUUCCAAGAAGACCCGAUACACAUGGCAAUGAUCAUCUACAACUGUCUGAAAGAAGAGAGGAAGAUACUGAACAGUGCCCAGUUGUCUAAUCAGAUGGAAGUGGGAAGCAUACAGAACACUGUGAUUGGGAUGCUGGACAAACAGAAGGAGCUUGAUGUGAAAGUUAAGGCUGUAAAAAACAGUGUUAUAGAUGUGGAGCAAGACAUCAAGACAUUAGAGGAUAUGCAAGAUGAAUACGACUUUAAGUAUAAAACCUUGCAGAACAGAGAGCUUGAGUCAAACGGUGUGUCGCAGGAGGAAUAUAAGAAAGAACAUACGAAUCUCCAGAAGAUGUUUUUAUUACUUGACAUCAAGAGAAAGGAAGUGGUGAACAAGAUAGUACAGCUGCUGAAUACCACAGAGCACACGCAGAGCGCUCUUAUUAAUGAGGAGCUGGUGGAGUGGAAACACAGGCAACAGACUGCAUGUAUUGGUGGCCCACCCAAUGCCUGUCUUGACCAGCUGCAGAACUGGUUCACCAUUGUUGCUGAAAGUCUACAGCAAGUUCGUCAGCAGCUCAAGAAACUUGAAGAACUGGAACAGAAGUUUACCUAUGAUGCUGAUCCCAUCACAAAAAAUAAACAAGUUCUGCAGGACCGAACACAUAGUCUUUUCAAACAGCUCAUCCAGAGCUCCUUUGUGGUAGAGAGGCAGCCUUGCAUGCCAACGCAUCCUCAGAGGCCAUUAGUUCUGAAGACAGGAGUACAGUUUACUGUAAAGCUGAGAUUGCUGGUGAAAUUGCAGGAAUUGAACUACAACUUGAAAGUGAAAGUUUUAUUUGAUAAAGACGUAAAUGAGAAGAACUCGGUCAAAGGGUUCAGGAAAUUUAAUAUUUUGGGAACAAGUACAAAAGUAAUGAACAUGGAAGAAUCUACUAAUGGAAGUCUAGCGGCAGAAUUCAGGCACUUGCAACUGAAAGAACAGAAGAAUGCAGGAAGCAGAACAAAUGAGGGUCCUCUUAUUGUAACAGAAGAACUUCACUCUCUGAGUUUUGAGACACAGCUGUGCCAGCCUGGCUUGGUUAUAGACCUGGAGACCACAUCACUUCCCAUUGUCGUGAUCUCAAAUGUGAGCCAGCUUCCAAGUGGUUGGGCUUCUAUAUUAUGGUUCAACAUGCUGUCUACUGAUCCCAAGAACUUGUCCUUCUUUCUGAACCCACCUUAUGCAAAGUGGUCUAAACUUUCUGAAGUUCUGAGUUGGCAGUUUUCUUCUGUGACAAAGAGAGGACUUAAUGCAGAUCAGCUGAGCAUGCUGGGAGAGAAGCUACUUGGGCCAACAAGUGGUGGCUCUCAUGAUGGCCUGAUUCCUUGGACAAGAUUCUGCAAGGAAAACAUAAAUGAUAAAAAUUUCCCCUUUUGGCUGUGGAUUGAGGGAAUCCUGGAACUUAUUAAGAAACACCUCCUGUGUCUCUGGAAUGAUGGCUGCAUCAUGGGUUUCAUCAGUAAGGAGAAGGAACGUGCAUUACUGAAGGACCAGAGUCCAGGAACAUUUUUACUAAGAUUCAGUGAAAGCAGCAGAGAGGGAGCUAUCACAUUUACUUGGGUAGAAGGAUCUCAAAAUGAGCCCCAGUUUCAUUCAGUAGAACCAUACACCAAGAAGGAACUCUCUGCUGUUACGUUCCCGGAUAUCAUUCGCAACUACAAAGUGAUGGCAGCUGAAAACAUUCCUGAAAAUCCGCUGAGAUUUCUGUACCCGAAUAUACCCAAAGACAAUGCCUUUGGCAAAUACUACUCCAGGCCUAAGGAGGCACCAGAGCCUAUGGAUUUGGAUGGUCCCAAAGGAAACGGCUACAUCAAGACUGAGUUAAUCUCUGUAUCUGAAGUCCAUCCUUCCAGGCUCCAGUCUCCAGAAAAUCUGCUCCCCAUGUCUCCUGAAGAGUUUGAUGAGAUGUCUCGGAUGGUGGAUCCAGCAGAAAUUGAUACUGUGAUGUGUUCAGCAUAUUCAACUUAAAGGCUGAGCUUUUUGCUGCAUCGUUAACACAGCUGAUUAGCUUACACAUCCUGCUCUGCAGUCAGUCACUUGAUGACAUGCUUCACGUCAGUUCUUUGGGAAGGUCCUAGAUAUUUCACAGCGCAUCACUUUCUCAACCUGAGGGUCCAGUAGCAAUUUUUAACUAGUGGGAGUAUAAACAGCAGUCCGCGUAGCCUCCUGUCAUGCAGUAGUUUUGUUUAGUUCUUUGUUGAAGGAUUUCCGGUUAUCAAGACACCAGAGUGGAGGAGGAAAGGAGGAGAGGAAUGAGAGGGCCUCAGCAAGAAUGAUGGGAGAAACAUGCCUUUUUUCAUUUAAGGGAAUUAGUUAAAAUUUAACAUUUAAAACAGUUGGCUGCACAUAGAAAGCUUCAAAGGAAAGCUAGUUCUUUUGCAGGGGUUCUGUGCAGGAUGCUUGCACCACCUGAAGGAUGAAGUUCUGCUUCCACCAGAGGAGGAACAAAUUUGUUUCUCAGUGUAUUUGAAGAUAAGAACGCACAGUUAGGAGACAGGGUUGUCUUAAGCAGCUGGUCUCUUGGACUAAGGGCACGGAUCAGUCCAGACCGCUCCUCAGCGUGCAGCUGAGCAGAAGGACUGCAGCCACUGCUGGAUCCCACAGGUUCAGGUACAGGACCCCCAGCUCUAGGUCUUCUCCAGCCUCAGCCUAUCUGUGAGACAGGGGCUGCUGCAGCUUCUCAGCCUACUACUACCUAUUCCCAGCAGUGGCCAGGGUGAUUCAGGGAUGGCAGAGCUGCUUCUCUACUGUUCAGAAUUGCCAGAUCAAUCAGCAGGUGCUUAGAAAAAUAAAAGACUGGUUCAAUUUAGUGUUUUGUGGCCAGGGAGACUAAUGUGCCCCCUGCAAAAGCCAGAGAGAAAGACAAUUUAAAGUACCUAUAGCAUGUAACACGUAUUUAAAUGGAAAGCAUUGCUAAACUGACUUAUUUUUGGUACCCUGGGUUCCUGAGGUUAACAGUGCUACCGAAUAUCACAACUAGUAACAAUGCUUUUCUAUUAUAAAUAGCUGAAUGUGUAUCUAUAUUGUAAUAAAAAAAUCAAAUACAUGUUUCUUGAGCUACACCUUGCGCUCAUGAUCCAUAUGCAGCAUAUGUUUUCAUUACUUUUCAUUACUUUUAUGUUUCAUUUCUACCAACCAGAGUGAAAUUUGCUUGUGAGCUUUAAAUCAAUGGCCUUACUCGUGACUUUACAUGCCAAAUAGUUCUAAAAGCAAUGUGUUUUUUUUCCUCAAUGGAAUAUUCUUUUACCAUUUUAAAUAAAUAGAACUGUCAGUGA